AUGGCCGACUCAUUUCAAAUUGCGUUGGCAAGCUUCAAAAAACGGUUGACUCAAGAGGAGCAGUUGCGAUUUCAAACCACAACUCUGGACGAAGUGAAGAUCGCUAUACUGAAGAUACAAGAUGACCAAAGCCGUCGUAAAAGCAUGAUGAAUCUCUCUCGUGUCAAAUCCUUUAUCGAAGCAUUUGAACAAUAUUCAAAUGUUGUCGAAGUUUUCCUCAACACAUCUUCAGUGUUGUGUUUCAUUUGGGGCCCCAUGAAAUUUUGUCUUCAGGUUGCAAGCUCAUGGGCCGAGUCUUUCGACACACUAUUAGACGCAUAUCAGCAACUUGCGGAAAACAUACCUCUUCUCGAGCAAUAUGGUGAUCUAUUCAAAGGCAAUUCGUAUAUGGUUAACGUACUUGCAUUGUUCUAUGAAGACAUGCUCGACUUUCACCGAGCGGCUCUUAGGGUUUUCAGCAAAUCAAAUUAUCUGAAUCCUCAAAACACUAAAAAGGAUUUCUUGGUUGUAAAUCUCCGAAUGUGCUGUUGCACCGUUUUGUUCGCUUACGUCUCAGCGUGGAAACAAAUAUUUAGGGCGACUUGGAAAGACUUCAACAGCAAAUUUCGGCAUAUAUUAGACGGGCUGGCCCGACACAAAGCUCUAGUAGAAAGUCAAGCAACGAUUCUCCAAUUCGAAAAGCAGCAAAAAGAUUACACUAAAGCCAAAACUUCGAUCUCAAUGAUCCAAGAAUCAAUUCUUCGUAUUCAAGAAUACCAGAGGGAGCAUCUUAAUCACAAAAAGCAGUUCGAGGCUAUCGAGAAGGAAGACACCAAGCGUCAACGACUAGCUUUACUAGAUUGGCUCGCUUCCACCGAUCCGAUACCUGACCAUGAGUUCGCGGUCUCUAUGCGAGCCGAUUAUCCCUCCUCCGGCAACUGGAUUUUGCAAGAGAAUAAGAUAAAAGCGUGGCUUGAUCCUCAACAAUUAACCGUCCCACUUCUCUGGAUUAAUGGUAUUCCUGGAGCAGGAAAAACUAUAUUGACAUCCGUGAUCAUUGGAGAAUGCAUGAAGAACAGCUCAUCGUCGACAAUAUUCUUUUACUGCAAAUAUGACGAUAAACAGAGAGAUACUUUCCUAGCCGUGGCUCGGGCUAUGCUCUCUCAACUGCUGAAGCAAAACGAAAUUCUUCUACCUUACCUCUAUAGCGAGUGUAUCAACAGUCAUUCUGUUUCACUUGUCUCGCAUGAGAUGUGUACGAAGCUACUCGAGGUGUGCUUUGAAACUGUAUCUAAAUCGGAAAGGACGUAUUUGAUAAUUGAUGGGCUCGAUGAAUGCGAGCCAUUGCAGAGGAGAAUCUUGCUCUCUACUCUGGUCUCUAUUGUGCAAAAGACUUUGUACCCAGGAAUGCUUCGCUUGCUGAUUGUCAGUCAAAACGAGCCUGAUAUAAAGAGACAGCUUCGGCAAUGCUCAGAUUUACGGUUGUCAAGCUCCUGCAACAGAUGUGAUAUUGAAGUCUAUUCUCGAGUGUGGGCAGAAAAAAUACAGCAGAAGUUUGUUGUAUCAGAUGACACAAAGACGCACAUCAUAAAGGCUGUGUCUGAAGGUGCAGAUGGGAUGUUCUUAUAUGCAAGACUAAUCCUCACUAAUCUUUAUGGACAAACAUCCCGUGAAAAACUGUACGAGGAACUUCGGCCGGGAACAUUUCCAGUUGGCUUUGAACAAGCGUGA